AUGCUACACGUGAGAGCCCUCAUGCUAUCUUCAGUCCUCUUGGCCCCUGUGGAGGCAGCUUUAGUCUUCCAAGCUUUUGAACCAUUUGUCCGGUGUGCUGAUGGAAGUCCUGCUGGGAUUUUCUCUAACGUCCACGAAGGUCGCACCAACUCCAACUCCCAACACCUUGAUCGGACCAAGCACAUCAUUGUCUUUGAAGGGGGAGGUGCAUGUACAGAUCCUGAAGAUUGCCUGAAGGAGGCCACCAACGAGCCCUACAAAUUCUCGAGUACACCGCUCCCUGAAACAAUAGAAGGCACUACUAUUCUCUCAGAGGACCCUAAUGAACAGAACCCGUUCCAAAGCUAUGUAAAGUGGUUUGUCCCCUAUUGCACCCAAGAUUUGUUUCUAGGAGACUUACAGAAGGGGAUGGUUGGAGAGUUCACUCACGGUGGAUCAGACAUCUUCCGCAGUGCAAUAUCACACUGGAAGAGCAGCGUGACUGGUCAACAUCAUGAUAGUGUAAGCCAACUGGUAGUACUUGGAAUCAGUGCGGGUUCCAUUGGGCUCAUGAAUCAUGUCGAAGAUGUCCAAGAAGCGGCCCAGUCAGUUGGUGUUGGCAAGUUGCAAUACAUUCUUGAUGCCCCCUCUAUCAGCGAUCGAUGGCAUGAAAAGAACUUCUCCCGUACAAUGGAAACAUAUGUGAACUUGACUGAACAUCCCCUGUGUGACGUGUUGAACAAGUACUCGCGCCAUUACAAGCCAACAAUCACCGACUUGCCUUGUUGCCUCUCAUCUCAUUGCAUGUUUCGACACGAUGAGAACAUUCGAUCCAUCGGUUCGCCCAAGGAAAGCAAGGGAUCUGUGAUGACAGAGGAGAUACUACUGUUGGAUGCUGACUAUGACCCCUUAGCACUUGCUGCCUCAAGUGAAAAGUCUGACCAAAAGAGAUUCAUUGAUGUCAUGAGCAAUGUCUGGGAAGGAGCUGAGACAGCUGGUUCAAGAGGCACCCGUGCCCUCGAAACAUCUCUUUGGCUCCCUGACUCUCAAGAUGAAUCACUGGGGCCAAAAGGUUCAUGGUACAUUUCAUCUUGUGUUGCUCAUGGAUUCUUUAUUCCAUCGGUGCAAAUCCAGCACAGGCCAUGCUUGCAUGGGGACUUCAGUGACAGGGACUUUGUAAUUCGGUGUCGCAGUGAUGGUGCAGGAGUCCAGUCUACUAUUGGACAAGUGGAUCUGCAAGUGACUCUUUGGCAGACAACUGAUACCUGGAACUUGGCAAAGGUGCAAGGAAACUCAAUUCGCAACAUUGUAUCAGACUUUGUUUCCCAGCACAAUGAUGGCCAACCUAGAACAGAGAGCAGUGACCAAACCUUGCUCGUGUUUGCAGAUGAAUGCAAGGGUCCAAACUGUGCCUCCAUUGUGGGGCAUCCUAAUGAGUGCCAAGCACUCUUUGAGCUUGAAGAAUCAUUUAAACCAGUUCCCCUGGGCUUCAAGAUUGCCUGGUAUGUUGUCAUUGCACUGAUCAUUGCCACAUCAGCUGCACGACUGCCACUGCAAGCAAUGUGUACAACAAAUGGAUCAAAGGGGACCAAGGAGGCGAAGGAAACAAACCAAGCAGAGAUGGAUGAGGGCAAUGCUGCCCAGAAAAUUAUUCCUGUUCGCACCAAGAUUUGCUCUGUGAAGAACCUGUCUGUAGUCACUGCGGAAAAGGGAUUCAAAGUUCUCCAGGACGUCCACCUACAGAUCAACUCAAGUUCUGUCAUUGGGUUACUUGGUAGAUCAGGAUCAGGAAAGUCCACGCUCCUGUCUGCUUUGAGUCGACAGAAACUUCAUAGUCUGCGAGUUUCAGGGGGGCAAAUUGAAAUGCAAUGCUCUGAUGGUGAUGUUGCCUUUCUUCGCCAAUCAGAUUCUGUCCAGAUGGAGAACAUGACGGCCUCGUCAUUCCUGGAAACCACUGCCUCAAUCUAUGGGGCAGACAACAAAAGGGUAGAUGACUGUGCAGAAAUGGUAAAGAAGCUCUAUUGCAGAGUGGAGCAAUCAGGCCUGAAUCCAUUUACUGAUACCAAGAUUAAGAACCUUAGUGGUGGCCAGAGGCGGAUUCUUGCCAUUGCCACCACUCUACUUUUGACACCGCAAUUGGUUCUUCUUGAUGAACCACUCAGUGGUCUGGAUGAUGCCUCUUCACUUCAGGUUAUGGAGUUUGUGCAGUUCCUUUCGAAUAAGUACAGUUGUGCUGUCAUCCUUUCUCUGCACAACCCAUCAGAGGAAGUUCUGCAAUACCUUGACAGAGUUGUUGUGAUGGACAAUGGUUAUGUCAGGAUGCAGAUAGACUGUAUGGCUAACAGAGCCUUUGCAACAGACUUUCGUCGUGAGCUGGGCUCCAUUAUGUCUGGGUUUCUGGAACAUUCCAGUGGAAGCAAUGCUUCAAAAGACAAACUAAAAACUGUAAGCUUGACGGGGAAAGACGCAAUGGUUGAAAAUCCUGGGCCACGAUCAACCAUGGAUUUACACACCACCAUUGAUUUUGACACCACUGAUGAGACAGAGAGAGAACAAGAGAGUUCAGUGUCUACAGCCUGGGAAGAAAACCCUGUUGCCUGCUUCUCUACAACACCAUUUGCAGCGUCAACCGAAGAGGAAGGAACAAAAAAGAAGCCAAAGGCGAGUGGCUGGAACAAUUUCCUUGGCUUUUUCAGCAAGACAGCAUUCCUAUGCCGGCGUCUCCAUGCGAACUAUGGGUCGGACCCUGCAG